AUGACCCUAUCAGCAGUGAGCGAAUUGGGAGAAUUCGAGAUUGGGGUGAACAUUGGAAAGGGAGAAAGUGAUGACUCUUCAAAUGAAGAAGGGGACGAGGUUAGUCAAGAGAUUGAUGGAAGUGAGCAUGAGAGCAAUGAGAAUGCGCCAAUGGAGGAGGAUGAGCUCCCUAUGUACCAAGAGCACUACAAUGCUCUCCUCUCCAUGGACUUUGUGGAGACCAAGUACCCACAUGAUGACACAAUGAGGGUUCUUGGAAUCUUUGAGGAUGUGGAGCUAGUCCUCAAGAACAUGCACUUGGCCAAGUUCUUCUCUCAUCGCAUGGAGUCAUACAAGGAGCUCACUUGUGAGUUUUUGGCAUCGAUGAGGUACCACAAGUAUGCUGAGCUCGAUCGAGCUGAGUUGGGCCAAGGUUGGGCAUGGAUAACAUUCUCAACUCGACCGGCCAAGCUUCAACUCGAUCGAGCUGAGAAGUCAACAGUCAAACCCGAAAAAUGUUGCUUCCCCCUUGACUUUCCUUUGACCCUAAACCUAAAUCCUCUUGUAUUUAAGGGCUAA